AUGUUGCGCCCUGUCCCCCCAUUGCUCGGCGCCCUGGCGCUGGCCGUUCCUGCACACAUGGCCAGUCUUCUGGCCAUGGUCUUUACACCUGCAGAUUCCUAUUUCCGGCUCAUCGCUCUGCUUCUAAUUAUCCUCCUCGUCCGGCAAUGCCUCGUCACCAUCGACGAGCCAUCCGAUCUCGGAGAGUUGUUCCGGCUCUACAUGUGCGGCUAUAUACUGUACGCCAACGAAUUCCUCCUCCUCAAAAAACUCGUCGCUCGGGCUUCGCCGUCGACCCCACAGCGCCUCGUGUCCGGCCUGAGGCUCCUCUUCUCCCCGAGGAUUCAUGUGCCAAGAAAGGCAAUUCCAGCGUUUGACCCCACGCAGCCCAACUACGUCCCGACACGCUGGGAGUUCUUUUGGCGACAGACCCUCCGAAUUGCUGGGUUGGCUACUGCUUACUACUGCGUUUUCCACCGCUACCCCCUGCACAUCCUCAUCACCGACUAUGCCCGACCGAGAGAGCACCUGCUGCGUCGGCUGUCUCAGGUGAGUGGCCGCGAGGUGGUCGUGCGGGUGUAUACAGCCUUCAAAGAGCAUUUCAGGAACUAUCUCCUGAUGAGCCUGGGCCACAGUAGCACCUCUCUGGUCGGGGUUUUCCUCUUCCAGGACGAUCCCGCCGACUGGCCACCGCUGUACGGCAGCUUGAAAGAUGCCUACACCGUGCGGCGGUAUUACAGCCACUUCUGGCACCGGGUCAUGCGUACCGCCUUUGUGUCCAAUGCGAAGUUCCUGCUGUUUCGCGUGUUGCGGAUCCCCAGUUCGGCCGCAAUGUCUAGGUAUUUGGUGUCUGUAACGGCCCUGGCCAUUUCCGGCGCCAUGCACUCGGUGGCCUUUUCGACGCCCUGGCGAUGUGCCAGUCUGCUCCCGUUGUGGUAUUACCUGUCGAUCGCGGGCGCCAUCGUGGUGGAGGAUCUGGCACAGCUGGCUUACCGCAAAUCCAUGGCCUCGUUUCUUUCUGGCAGAAAGGCAGGCCCCUCGACGGCCGAUGCGAGCGAGAAGGAUGAUAAGCUGCUCCCAUUGCAUGAUGUCAAGGGGAAAGACGAGUCAGGAGGAGGGGGAGAUGGCCUGGGAUCCUCCUUUCAGGGUAGUGGUGACAAACGCCCCUCCGUCGGUUGGCGAUGUUUGGGGUAUUUAUGGGUCAUGUCGUUCGAAUGCUGGUCGCUUCCCAGGGCGGUGUACCCGCAGCUGAUCUGCCACUGGCAAGAGCGUGUUCUGGCCUUGCAUCCUGAGGCCACGCUUUGA